AUGUCUUUAACAAGACAAUCGACAAAAAGUCUCACUCAUGGCGUCGAAAUCGUCUUUGGCGUUGUUUACAAGAUUUUUUUCCUAUCAUCUCUCGUCGUUAACGUUAUUCUGUGCUUUCUUUUCACCGGAAUUAUGUACUAUUCACAUUCAAGGAAACAGGCACUCCAUCCCGCUUUUCUUCGAUGCUCUUUUGCAUUUAUUGAGCUGUUUCUUUUCUAUUUUGAGGUCAUUGUGUUAAGUGUUUUAAAGAAAACGACAAAAUUGUUCUGGCUUGGCUUACUUUUGGCGUUCUCACGUGUCAUUUUGAUUAUUUUCUGUUUGACGAUGUUUUUAUAUACACAUGAGACGUACACAGAUUGGUUGAUCAUCUAUGCACAAGGUGAA